UCCUCCCCUUCUCACUUUCAGGGGGAGGGGGGAGCCUGGGGCGGGGAAAAAAGGAAAAAAAAAAAAGUACGGGCUGGUGUCCCGGCCGCCGGGCUGGGCCCGUGAUCCCCUGGGGCAGGUCCGACCCGGCGGCGGCGGCGGCUCUGAGUCCCGAGGAGGGCGGCAGCGGCGGCGGCGGUCGAGGAGGAGGCGGCGGUCCGCGGUACAUGCCUCCAUUGCCGCUGUCCGCGGAGAUGGAUUUCAGUCAGAACAGCCUGUUCGGCUACAUCGAGGACCUGCAGGAGCUCACCAUCAUCGAGAGGCCGGUGCGUCGGAGCCUCAAGACACCAGAAGAAAUAGAAAGACUAACAGUUGAUGAAGAACUCAAUGAUAUUGAAAGGGCUGUUUAUCUGCUCAGUUCUGGUCAAGAUGUCCAAGGAACAAGUGUGGUUGCAAAUCUCCCCUUCCUGAUGCGACAGAACCCUGCAGAGACACUUCGAAGGGUUUUACCUAAAGUCAGAGAAGUCCUGCAUGUUGCAGGGGUGGAAAUGCAAUUAACUGCUGCGGCUUCAUUUUUGACCAUCCUACAAGAGGAAUCAGUGUCAAUUCAAACUUACUCCCAUUCAUUCCUACAUAUCAUUCUACAGCAUGUGGAGCACAGGGAUGCAGGUGUCAGUAAUGCAUGGCUGGAAACUCUUCUAUCAAUAAUAGAAGCUCUGCCCAAAGAAACCUUAAGACAUGAAAUUUUGAAUCCACUUGUUUCCAAGGCACAGCUCUCCCAAACACUCCAGUCUCGUUUAGUUAGCUGUAAACUUUUAGGAAAAUUGGCCAACAAAUUUGAAGCCCAUAUCAUUAAAAGAGAAAUACUUCCUCUGGUGAAAUCCCUCUGCCAAGAUGUAGAAUAUGAAGUUCGAUCUUGUAUGUGUCGACAGUUAGACAUCAUAGCUCAGGGUAUAGGGACAGAACUAACCAAAAGCAUCGUGCUUCCUGAGUUAAUAGAGCUAGCUAGAGAUGAGAGCAGCAGUGUACGGCUUGCAGCAUUUGAAACUUUAGUUAAUCUGCUUGAAAUGUUUGAUGCAGAUGACAGAAGUCAAACUAUACUUCCUUUAGUAAAAUCAUUUUGCGAAAAAUCUUUCAAAGCAGAUGAAACGAUUCUUCUUUCUUUAUCUUUACAUUUAGGGAAACUAUGCCACGGAUUGUAUGGAAUUUUGACUCCAGAUCAGCACUUGAGAUUCUUGGAGUUUUAUAAGAAACUCUGCACAUUGGGUUUACAACAGGAAAAUGGGCAUAAUGAUAAUCAGGUUCCACCCCCAAAUCAAGAGCAGGAAAAGAGAUAUGCGUCAGUGAGAAAGAACUGUGCUUACAACUUUCCAGCCAUGAUUGUUUUUGUGGAUCCUAAGAACUUUCAUAUGGAACUUUAUUCUACAUUCUUCUGCCUUUGUCAUGAUCCUGAAGUGCCAGUCAGACACACUAUUGCUAUUUGCUUCUAUGAAGUUUCUAAGCUUCUUAGUUCUGGAGUAUAUUUAAUAUAUAAAGAACUAAUUGCACUAUUACAGGAUGAAUCACUGGAGGUCUUAGAUGCACUUGUAGAUCAUCUUCCAGAAACUCUAGAACUUUUGACUACUGGUGGUGAAAGCAGUGUUCAAGAAAGCAAGUUAUUGGCUGUACCUGACUUGAUUCCAGCUCUGACAGCAGCAGAACAGCGAGCAGCAGGCUCCUUAAAAUGGAGAACUCACGAAAAGAUACUGCAAAAAUAUGCCUGCUUGCCUCAUAUCAUAUCAAGUGAUCAGAUUUAUUAUCGAUUUUUACACAGAAUGUUCACAAUCAUGAUAACAAAUAAUGUCUUACCAGUACAAAAGGCAGCAUCUCGAACUCUUUGCAUUUUCCUACGGUAUAAUCGUAAACAAGAACAGAGACAUGAGAUCAUUCAGAAACUAAUCGAACAACUGGGCCAAGGAAAAAGCUACUGGUAUAGACUUCGGUUUUUGGACACCUGUGAAUUUAUUAUUGAGCUCUUUUCCAAAUCAUUUUUCUGUAAAUAUUUCUUUCUACCUGCUCUUGAGUUGACACAUGACCCAGUAGCGAAUGUGAGAAUGAAACUCUGCUACCUUUUGCCCAAAGUGAAAUCUACUCUGAAGAUUCCUGCGGACAAGCAUUUACUUCAGCAGUUAGAAUUGUGUGUAAGAAAACUCCUCUGUCAAGAAAAAGAUAAAGAUGUUCUGGCUAUUGUAAAACGAACUGUGUUAGAGUUGGACAGAAUGGAAAUGUCUAUGGAUGCUUUUCAGAAAAGGUUUUACGAAAAAGAUUCAUUGGAUCAGGAGAAAGAAAGAGAAGAACUCCUUCUUUUGGAAAUGGAGCAACUAGAAAAAGAGAAGCAGCAGAAUGAGGGAAGACAAAAUAGUGAUAAAGUCUUUGAAAAGAAACAACGUAGAGACAGUAAAACAUCAGCUGUUCUGCCGAAAACCAUUCCUAUGAGUGUUGCGGGAUCAUCUUCAUGCACCCCAUCAACAAGCAAAGAAGUCAAGAAAUCCAAAUUGGUAAGAAGCCAGUCCUUCAGUAGUCAAGCUCUUCACCCUAAAUAUGGCAACUUAGAAAAGUGUACUGGUAAAAAUUCUACAACAGUAUAUGCAACUUCUGUCUCAGGGACUGGAAAAUCUGUGCUUUCAUAUACUGAUGAUUCAUUCCGGACCCGCAAUUCCAGUGAAAAUCUAGAAAAUCAAAUCCUUAGAUCACCUGAUAGACAAGGAAGAAAACCAAAGACAACCGGAGGUAAUGGGAUGGCUCGCAGAAGCAGGAGUGACAGCUGGGACUUUUUAUGAAUGAAUUGGAGAGACUUCAUUGCAUCUGAUAUCAUUAAGCCUCCAUAUUUGAAAUUAGAUUCCCUGGGUUGCAUAGUAUAUAUUUCUAUAAAUAAUGUAUUGGUUGCAGAAUUCCGAUGUUAUAGUGAAAUGUCGAAAUGCAACUUUAGGUAUAUGCUUUAACUACUGCCGCGAGAGAGACAUUUACGCCUUUGUAGUGCAGGAUACCAGUGUCAUCUAUUAAUUGUUCUCAGUUACAGUUUUAGCAUUUUAGCAAAUUGCUAUGAACUCACAAUCAGUUAAAAUUGUCCUGGCUAUAUUAUCUAUUUGGGAAAUUAAUAGUAUAUUCAUAAAUAAUCUUCAAGUCCAUUGGAAAUUAAAUACUGAAGAAUGUAUAAUUUCCUGCAAGAUGGACAGUCCUAAGGUUGUGCUGACAUAAAUUUGUACCUGGAUACCCCCAAAUUCAAAUUUGGCAAUGAAAAUUCUUAAAGGUUUCCAGUAAUUUUUAGGAGCAAAUACCUCCAAAUAAUUGGUUAAUGAUUUUCUUUAUUUCAUGGGACAAUUUCUUUUAUAAAUACUUUGUUUAAAUUUUAGAUUGUAUUUUUUCUCCUUACUUAAUUUUAAAAUGAUGAAUCCAGUUUUUAAUUAGCUAUUAUUCCAAGCUAUCAUGCUUUAGCUAUGUCAACAGCAUUUAUUUGUACUAAUGCUAAUAUUUCCAUCAAAAUUUGCCUGCAGAGCACAUAUAGUUCUAUUUUAAAAUGCCAAUACUUGAGAUACAUUGUAUGAAGCUAUUGUCAGCUUCUCUAUUUCAAAAUGCAAUCAGCAUAUAACUAUAUUGAUAUCAGAUAAUAUUUGUUUUUUUAAUAUAUUGAUGUAUGAUAAAGAUUAAUUAAUUUGUGAAUGCAUAUGUGCGUGUGGUUACUUUUUAUAAUGUGAAAUAAUGAAUUAUGAAUUUAUUAAAAAUAAAACAUAGGCUAAUGCAGUACC